AUGCCGGUCAUCUCCUCUUCGGCGACUAAACCCCGCCGCACGCUUGCGGGUCCCAUCUUCCGCGUCCGGACGGGGUGCCUGACCUGCCGCGGCCGUAAGAAGAAGUGCGACGAGACCAAGCCGCGCUGCCGCGGCUGCGAGCGGAAUAAGCUGGACUGCCAGUGGCCGUCGACGACGGGAUCCAACGGCAACGGCGCUUCGCGGUCCGCUCGGGAGUCGUCCGUCUCGCAAAGCGCCUCUCGGGGGGGCCCGGGGCAGCAUCACGCUGGUGGUGGUGCUGGUGGUGGUGCUGGUGCUUCGACUGCAUCCCCAGCAAGCUCAACGACGACAACCACGACGACAGGUGCAUCUCAUAGUCCGCAGGCUGUCCAAGACUCAUCGUUUGCUCUCGAGGCCUUUGACUUUGCAUCACAACCCACCACAUCCUCAGAGUCUCCCGCCGCCGCGGCGACGAUUGGGUCGUCUAACAGUCCAGGGUCGAAUGCUCAGUUGUCCAGUGCAGCCGCUCCCAUCGCCGCACCCGUCACCCCAGCACCCAACGCCGCAACGACGACGGCCCAUCAUCAUAAUCAUCAUCAUCAUCAUCAUCACAUCGAGGACACAGAUAUAGCUUACCAUUUCGACGCGUCAGACCACAGCUCCAUCGCCGGGCUGUUGCCAGACGGGCCACCGCCUCUGCCCUUCACGACGAUCGAGGGCAACGACGGGGACGAUGACGAGACCGUCGUCCCGCUGGUGUCCUCGCCGCUCCGGAGGGUGUCGGACGCGAGCAGCAGCUUCGUGCCGAGGGGCAUGAGCCUGCUGGGCGGGAACCACGACGACAACUCGCUCGAGCUGCUGAGCCACUACCUGAGCGCGACGACCAUCAGCAUGGCCAACGGGUCGACGAUGGAGAACCCGUUCUCGGUGCAGCUCAUCCCGCUGGCCUUCAGCAGCGACCUGGUCCUGCAUCUCCUCCUCACCCAGAGCGCCGUCCACCGGGCCGCCAAGUCGCUCGUGCCGACGACGGACAGAGUCGCGACAAAGUACUACAACCAGUCGCUGCGGCUCUUCCAGCAGAACAUCUCGACCUUCAUGGGCGGCCAGCACGGCGAGGAGUCGUUGAUCCUGGGCAUCGGGGCCCUGAUUCUCUGUCUUGUCGAGACGGCCAAGGGCGACGUCAACGGCACGAUCCUCGACCACCUCAUGGCGGCGCAGUCCCUGAUCCUCCCGUUCCUCUCGGCCAGCAACACGUUCCUGCACAAGACGCUCAAGGACUUCCUGACCGAGUACUACCUCUACACGGCGACGGUCAGCAUGAUCUCCAUCGACGUCCGGCUGAGCGACCAGCUCUUCCUCAGCAACGACCUGCUGCUCCUCGCCACCGAGCUCGUGGCGUCCUCGUACAUCGGCAGCCUGUGCGGCUGCUGGCUGGACCUGAUCCUCCUGAUCCCCUCCGUCUUCGACCUGGGCCGCCGCAUGAUGGGGCACGACGACGAGGGCAGCCCCGUGGCAGGGCGGCGGCGGCGGCAGCCCUCGGCCGACGACUUCAUCCUCUUCGCCCAGCUGCUCAGCCAGAUCCAGAACUGGCAGCCCAACCCGACGGUGAGCGAGAACGUCGCGCUGGCCGGCUACAUCUACCAAAAGGCCCUGCUGCUUUAUCUUCACACGGCGCUGCACCCGCUCUCGCGGGACGAGAGCAACAGCCAUAACAUCAACCACAAUAACAUCGACAAUAGCAGUAACAGCAACGACAACAGUAUCAACAACAGCAACAACAACAACAACAACAACAAUAGCAAUAGCAAUAGCAACAGCAUCAACAACAACAACAACAACAACAACAACAACAACAGCCUGCACUCCGCAGCGGUGCAAGCGGCCGUCAGCGGCGCCCUCUCGCACCUCGCGCAGCUGGACCCCAGCGUGCGCAUCAACACGAGCCUGUGCUGGCCCAUCACCAUCAUCGGCUCCUGCGUGACGGACCGGGGCCAGCAGGCCUUCCUGCACGAGCGGCUCGGCCACAUGUUCGCGACCAUCGGGCUGGGCAACAUCCGGCAGACGUCGGUGCUGCUGCAGCACGUCUGGGACCACAACGAGGCGGUGCCGGCCGACGUCGGCGCGGGGCCGUGGAACGUGUGCCGCGUGAUGAACGAGAAGCAGAUCUGGAUCUCCUUUGCGUAA